AUGAGCCACCUACCAUUUAACACAAACACCUUAUAUUUCCAGACUGGAGGCCCACCAUUUGGCAGUACAGGAUAUCCAACGGAAAGCUCAACUUGGCCGGCGUCGACGACAGAAUUUGGUCCAUUCACUGAAAGUACCACAAUUUAUCCAACUACUCAAGGACCGUACGGCCCACAAGGACAAGGUCCAAUAGUGCCGCAAGAACCUCAAAGACCUGUAUCGGGUGGACCAACGGGUAGUCAAGGACAAGGACCACAGGGUUCAUUGCCACCUCAAGGACAAGGACCACAGGGUUCAUGGCCACCACAAGGACAAGGACCCCAGGGUUCAUGGCCACCACAAGGACAAGGACCAGCUGGACAACAGCCACAAGGACAAGUACCACAGGGUUCAUCGCCACCGCAAGGACAGGGACCACAGGGUUCAUCGCCACCACAAGGACAAGGACCACAGGGUUCUUGGCCACCACAAGGACAAGGACCAGCUGGACAACAGCCACAAGGACAAGUACCACAGGGUUCAUCGCCACCGCAAGGACAGGGACCACAGGGUUCAUCGCCACCACAAGGACAAGGACCACAGGGUUCAUGGCCACCACAAGGACAAGGACCAGCUGGACAACAGCCACAAGGACAAAUACCACAGGGUUCAUCGCCACCGCAAGGACAGGGACCACAGGGUUCAUCGCCACCACAAGGACAAGGACCACAGGGUUCAUGGCCACCACAAGGACAAGGACCAGUAGGACAGCAGCCUCCUCACGGUCAAGGACCACAGGGUUCAUGGCCAUCUCAAGGACAAGGACCACAGGGUUCAUCGCCACCGCAAGGACAGGGACCACAGGGUUCAUCGCCACCACAAGGACAAGGACCACAGGGUUCAUGGCCACCACAAGGACAAGGACCAGUAGGACAGCAGCCUCCUCACGGUCAAGGACCACAGGGUUCAUGGCCAUCUCAAGGACAAGGACCACAAGGUUCAUCGCCACUACAAGGACAAGGACCACAGGGUUCAUGGCCACCACAAGGACAAGGACCAGCUGGACAACAGCCACAAGGACAAAUACCACAGGGUUCAUCGCCACCGCAAGGACAGGGACCACAGGGUUCAUUGUCACCACAAGGACAAGGACCACAGGGUUCAUGGCCACCACAAGGACAAGGACCAGUAGGACAGCAGCCUCCUCACGGUCAAGGACCACAGGGUUCAUGGCCAUCUCAAGGACAAGGACCACAGGGUUCAUCGCCACCACAAGGACAAGGACCACAGGGUUCAUGGCCACCACAAGGACAAAUACCACAGGGUGCAUCGCCGCCACAAGGACCUGUAGGACAACAGUCACCUCAAGGACAAAUACCACAGAGUUCAUCGCCACCUCAAGGACAAGGACCACAGGGUUCAUGGCCACCACAAGGACAAGGGCCAGUAGGACAACAGCCACCUCAAGGGCAAGGACCACAGGGUUCAUGGCCACCACAAGGACAAGGACCAGCUGGACAACAGCCUCAAGGACAAAUACCUCAGGGUUCAUCGCCACCACCAGGACAAAUACCACAGGGUUCAUCGCCACCACAAGGACCAGUAGGACAACAGCCACCUCAAGCACAAGUACCACAGGGUUCAUCGCCACCGCAGGGUUCAUCGCCACCACAAGGACAAGGACCACAGGGUUCAUGGCCAGCACAAGGACAAGGACCAGCUGGACAACAGCCACAAGGACAAAUACCACAGGGUUCAUCGCCACCACAAGGACAAGGACCACAGGGUUCAUGGCCACCACAAGGACAAAUACCACAGGGUUCAUCGCCGCCACAAGGACCUGUAGGACAACAGUCACCUCAAGGACAAAUACCACAGGGUUCAUUACCACCACAAGGACAAAUACCACAGGGGUCAUCGCCGCCACAAGGACCAGUAGGACAACAGCCACCUCAAGGACAAAUACCACAGGGUUCAUUACCACCACAAGGACAAAUACCACAGGGGUCAUCGCCGCCACAAGGACCUGUGGGACAACAGCCACCUCAAGGACAAAUACCACAGGGUUCAUGGCCACCACAAGGACAAGGACCAGUAGGACAACAACCACCACAAGGACCACAGGGUUCAUUACCAUCACAAGGACAAAUACCUCAGGGUUCAUCGCCGCCACAAGGACCAGUAGGACAACAGCCAUCUCAAGGACAAGGACCGCAGGGUUCGUGGCCACCACAAGGACAAGGGUCGGUAGGACAACAGUUACCCCAAGGACAAUUACCACAGGGUUCGUCGCCGCCACAAGGACAAAACCCGGUAGGACAACAGUCGCCACAAGGACAAAUACCACCGGGUUCAUAUCCACCACAAGGACAAGGACCGAUAGGACAACAGUCACCUCAAGGUCAAGGACAAGGACAAGGUUCACAGGGCCAACCAGGUCAAGCAAUACCAGGAGCAACUACUAGUCCACCGUGGGGCUACGAAACAACUCCAAAUCCAGCUCAGGGUACCACCGACUUAGCUCUUACUACGAGUAGUCCAAGCGGAGAAUCGGCAAUGGAACCAUGCCCCAUAAGUCAACUUGAAGGAGAUCAAAUUGCUUUGGUGUGUCCCACAGGAUUCCGAAGACACCCGAAAUACUGCAACCUGUUUUACCAAUGCACGAAGGGAUCAUCUAGCCUACACGAUUAUAAGAUUCUAGUCCUCAGUUGCCCUGAUGGAUUACUGUAUGAUGAUGAUAAGGUUCAAUGUCUGCCUCAGAACGAGACGAAGACCUGCAAAGGAGAAAUCGCCACCAGCAGCCUCUAUCGAAUGCUCAAUGAGAACUUCAUACCCCCGAUCCCGGUGCCUCGAGGUCCUCUAUGUCCAAGCGAGGGGUAUCGCGAACUAGAACCAGCAGCUUGCUCCACAAACUUCGUCCGCUGCAGUCUAACUCCUAGUUGGAGAAUGGAGGGGUACCUUUAUCAAUGUCCUGCAGGAUUCGCGUACUGGCACAUCAGCAGGAUGUGCGAAAGGACCUCCAAGUUGCUGCAAUGCAACGGAUUCGACGUGUUCCGCACCAGGUGGGAGAUUCCCGUUGAGUACACAAACGCUUCGUAUAGGAGGAGGAAGAGUGCUUACACCACGUUCUAAGUCAAUUUUUUCAAUACAGAUAAUAAGCAUUCGAAGCCUGGAAAAAUAACCGAACGGUGAUAUAUUGCAGUCGGAGAAACAUACGUAUGUAGUCAAAUCGAAAUGGAUGAAUGUAAAUAAUAUAAAUCGAGUAGUAACGGUAGUUAAGGCAGAGUAUCCAUGAGUCUCAAACUAUAUCUUGAAAUAAUGAAUAUCAUUUAUUGGUGUCCCAAUUUUUAAGAAUAUUUGUAACAUGUGGCAACCAUGUAACCAACUUUUGUUACGUAGUUCCGCCGUCCGUCACCUGCGUUACUGUUUAGUUUAGUUGGAAUGGAAGUCGCGCACAGUUAAAGAGCAGAUCCUUUAUUUAAACAAUUAAUUUGACAAGUAACUACAGCGUGGGUUCAAACUUGUCGACAUGACAAUUGACAUCUCCAGACAUUGACAUGACGCAAGUCAGGGGCCAUUCAGGCAGGGUUGCCAAGUCAACUCGAAAUGGAUGAAUUUCGUGGAUUCGUUUUUAUUAGGUCUACAAUUUUCUUUGCAAAUCCAUACGAUUUGUUGUUUACGAAUGUAAAGAAUAUAAAUCGAGUAGCAACGGUAGUUAAGGCAGAGUAACCAUGAGUCUCAAACUAUAUCUUGAAUAAUAAUGAAUCUCAUUUAUUGGUGUACCAAUUUUUAAGAAUAUUUGUAACAUGUGGCAACCAUGUAACGACCUUUUGUUACGUAGUUCCGCCGUCCGCCACCUGCGUUACUGUUUAGUUUAGUUGGAAUGGAAGUCGCGCACAGUUAAAGAGCAGAUCCUUUAUUUAAACAAUUAAUUUGUGAAGCGUGGGUUCAAACUUGACAUGACAAUUGACAUCUCUAGACAUUGACAUGACACAAGUCAGGGGAAAUUCAGGCAGGGUUGCCAAGCUUUCAAUCUUCUAGUCAAGCUAAUACAUUAACAGUUACGACCAUCGAUGUGUAUAUUUCAUUUUUUUAAUAUAGAAACUGUCACUCAUAUCGACUCGCUAUUUAAUCUGAAAUCAGAACCCAUCGUUAUCGAAAAUACAGUCAACUGUUUACCAAAGUAAAAUAAUCUCAACCUUUUGAAGGAAGUAUAAUACUCAAAGCUUAUUCAACAUUGUUAAGUUCUUUACAUGGUUGCCAGAUGUUACAAAUAAUCUGAACUCCAACUAAGAUUUUAACACUAGCAUAGAAUGUUUCAAAGUUUUAAAUAUAUUUGACAAAAUACGCGCAAGUAAACGUGUUGAUUUUGUGAUAUACUACGACAAUGCUACCC